AUGCGGCCGCCGCGUCCCAGCGACGCGGUGCGGGAGGCGGUGCGGAGGGACCCGCUGGGCGCCGAGCUGCGCUGCAGUCUGUUCGCCGCCGCGCUGCAGAGCUACAGGCGGGACUCGGCGCUCCGGCCCUUCCCGAGCCGCUACGGCGGCGCCGACGCCGCCUCCAAGGACUUCGAGGCGCUGCUUGCAGAUACCGAGGCGCUGCCCAGCCUGAAGGAACUCCUGGGAGCCGUCCCGAACGCAGAGAAAAGGACCUGGGAUUUGCUAAGCUGGAUUUUGUCAUCUAAGACCUUCACGAUACAAAGCAUUAAGAAGCAGGAGUAUGAGAAGAUCCAGGCGCUCACUGGGAUGUCUGAUGCUGCUGUUCCUGCUCCAGACUUCCUCUUUGAGGUCACAUACUGUGAUCAAAUGAAUGCCAAGUUUGCUGAGACUAGGGGUGAGCAGGACCUCAUCUAUGCCUUCCAUGGCAGUCGCCUGGAGAACUUCCAUUCCAUUCUGCACAACGGCCUGCAUUGCCAUCUGAACAGGACAUCGCUGUUUGGUGAAGGCACCUAUCUCACCAGUGACCUCAGCCUGGCUCUGCUCUACAGCCCACACAGCCUCGGGUGGCAGAGAAGCACAUUGGGCUCCAUCCUGAGCUGCGUUGCUGUCUGCGAGAUCAUCGACCACCCCGAUGUCAAGUGCCAGGUGAAGAAGAAAGAUUCAGAAGAAAUAGACAGAAAAAGAGCAAGAGUGAAGAACAGUGAAGGUGGUGACGUGCCACAGAAGUACUUUGUUGUCACAAACAAUCAGCUCCUCCGAGUUAAAUACUUGCUGGUCUAUUCACAGAAACAGCACAGGAGGCCUUCAGGUCAGUCCUGGUUUUCCACCCACCGUUUUGCCAUAGCAAUGAUGCUGUACCUCCUGCUCCUGAUCGUGAUUGGGGCCAGCAACUCACCAGCCUUCCUCUACUACUGGCACAGAAUGUUUCACUCAGAGUGAAAUGCCCUCCAAGAUAAUAAACUGCUAUUUUCACUAUGUGCCUUAAUAACAAGGAAUCCACCAAGCUCUGCAUCUGUUCCAGAGCUCUGGAAAUAAAAGGUGUUUGGCACUUUCCAGUUAUUAUUUCUGUAUUCCUGUGAUUCAUGAAGACACCCAGUACAGCUGAAAAGGAUCUUAAUAGUGCAGCUUAGCAUGAACUGAUUCUUAAGGGUCCAUGGAGAAAGUUAUUUAAAAUUAAUGAAAACUAAGUGUGGAAAUAUUCUGCUGUCAUUAUUUUCUGUCAGAUUGAGUUAGUAAUGUUUGCACUAGGUGGAAGGGAGUUUCUCCCUGUAUGUCAAAGUCCAAGUUUGUUUUCAGAAACUGUAUGUAGAGAUGUUUGGUAUGUAUCAAUGCAGGUGGGUUCACAUUUAAAACAGACUACAGUUUUGACCAUUAAUUUUUAUAUUUAAGCAUAAUGAUUGUAAGAAAGAAAGAAAUGAAAUAAAACAGCAACCAAAAUGGAA